CCUCCCUCUCAUCGGUCUCAUUCCUGUUCUGGUUACUAUCCCCCUUCUGGACAUCAAACCGGGGGAAACGCGAGUGUUGGCAAACGUAGUUGGUGCGAGGCCGCCCCCGACCCGGGAGCGUCCCGCCCGCUCCCUCCCUCGCGCGCCCUCGAAGUCUCGGGGCUCGACUGGCCACGCCUGGAGCGCGGAGUUUGACUGGGCCGCCGUUGUUGUAGUGACCGGGAGGCGCUGGCUCUCUGGGCAGACGGUUCCGGGUGCCGCACGGUCCCCCCUCACCCCCGUCCCCUCCCCUUCCCCGGUUUCCCCCACCCGCACGAUCCCGGCGCCGACCAUUCCCUCCAUGGCUUCCGCCACGGAGGACCCCGUUCUGGAGCGUUAUUUUAAAGGCCACAAAGCUGCAAUCACUUCUGUGGACUUCAGCCCCAACGGCAAACAACUUGCUACUGCUUCCUGGGACACCUUUCUCAUGCUAUGGAGUUUCAAGCCACAAGCGAGAGCUUACAGAUAUGUGGGUCACAAGGAUGUUGUGACCAGCGUGCAGUUUUCUCCACAUGGAAACUUACUGGCAUCUGCCUCACGAGACAGAACCAUUAGACUCUGGAUUCCUGAUAAGAGAGGGAAAUCCUCGGAAUUUAAAGCUCAUACAGCUCCAGUUCGAAGUGUGGACUUUUCAGCUGACGGCCAGUAUUUAGCUACGGCUUCUGAAGACAAAUCCAUCAAAGUAUGGAACAUGUAUCGCCAGCGUUUCUUAUAUUCCUUGUACAGACACACACACUGGGUACGCUGUGCCAAAUUUUCACCUGAUGGAAGAUUAAUUGUUUCAUGUAGUGAGGAUAAAACUAUUAAAAUUUGGGAUACCACAAAUAAGCAGUGUGUUAAUAACUUCUCAGAUUCUGUAGGAUUUGCAAAUUUUGUGGAUUUUAACCCUAAUGGUACAUGCAUAGCUUCAGCAGGUUCUGAUCAAACUGUGAAAAUCUGGGAUAUAAGAGUGAACAAAUUACUCCAGCAUUAUCAAGUUCACAGUGGUGGAGUUAAUUGUCUAUCAUUCCAUCCUUCGGGUAACUAUCUCAUCACUGCUUCUUCAGAUGGUACGCUUAAGAUUCUGGAUCUCUUAGAAGGAAGGCUCAUAUAUACACUUCAAGGACAUACGGGACCUGUCUUUACUGUUUCAUUUUCAAAAGGUGGAGAGCUAUUUACAUCAGGAGGUGCAGACGCACAGGUCUUAUUGUGGAGGACUAACUUUGAUGAAUUGCCUUGUAAAGCUCUUAAUAAAAGAAAUCUCAAAAGAUUACAUUUUGAUUCACCACCACAUCUUCUUGAUACCUACCCAAGAACCCCACAUCCCCAUGAGGGAAAGAUUGAGACUGUUGAAAUUAAUCCAAAGCUUGAGGUAAUCGAUUUGCAGAGCUCUACUCCCCCCGUUGUGGAUAUCUUUUCUUUUGCUUCUACCACAACUACAGAAACCACUGGUAGAACUCUGCCAGACAAGAGUGAGGAGGUCUGCGGAUAUUUCUUGAACCCUUCCUUAAUGUCACCGGAAUGUUUAUCAAAAACGACGAAAAAGAGAACAGAAGACAUGAGUGACCUCCCCGCUGAGAGUCAACGAAGCAUACCGCUUGCUGUGACUGAUGCUUUAGAGCAUAUUAUGGAGCAGCUCAAUGUUUUGACACAGACUGUUUCAAUCUUGGAGCAGCGACUGACUUUGACAGAGGAUAAACUGAAAGACUGUCUUGAAAACCAGCAAAAGCUUUUCAAUGCUGUCCAACAGAAAAGUUGAAUAGAAAAGUCUGAGCAGAGGCACGAUAAAGUGAACACAUGUACAUAUACUCGGGAAGGUAGUACAAGAUGCUCCAUGCAACACAACCACGUGCUCAUUAUCAUGGCAUUUCUUAAAAGGGUGAGCAGUAGAACAAAAGGCAGAAAAGGCAUAUUGAGGACUAAUUUAAACACACAAAUCAAUGUCAAGGACUUAAUUUAAAUCACUACUAUUUAUGAUUGCAGUAAUAAAAUGAUAAGCACUCAAG